AUGGUGUACCGGAGCGAGUCUGCUUCGGAGCAGGACGCGCAGCGGCGGCGCGAGGGCAUCUACAACUUCUUCCAGGCGGCGCUACUGCUGCUACUCGCAGAGGAGGAAGGGCGAUGCGGAGAGGCGAGCGGAGCAGUGGCACGGCUGUUGGACUCCUUAGGCCGCGCAGCGACUCGGCCGCGAGUCGCGGCGUACCACAACGUCCGCAACCAGUCGGCGAGGGACAUGUGCGUGUCGUGCCUCGAGGCCUGA